AUGAAAUGGUACUCCUUUGAUCAAUAUAAACAAAAAGCAUUCAAUAUUUGGUCUGUAACAUUACCAGUAGAUAAAUUAAAAUGGUUAGAUACUGUGUGCAAUUGUUCAAUAUUUUUCAAAAAUUUUAUGUGUAAACAUGUUCUCGACAUGGCAAUUAUAUUAAACUACUGCAAACCAUUAUCUACUGCUAAAAAUGUUAAAAUUGGUGAACAAAGACGUCGUGGUAGACCACCAAAAUUCAAAAAAGCAUUACUGAUUCAAUAA